CUUCAAACCACCUGAUCAGAUCCGAUUCGGGUUCAGACUUUUGAGUCUGAGUGCUAAUAGUUCUGUUUGUAGACGUGUUACACGUAUCAUGACCGAUCGUCUGUAAGUUGUACGGACAAGGCAACGACCUAGUUUUGUCUCCACCUACAUCAAGGGACAAGGGACAAAUGAACCGCCCAAUCUAGUCUUAGCUGCUAGCUAUAGUGUGUACUAAAGCAAAGCACUACUACUGAAACAAACAAAGACUCUCCCUUCUUCCUUAAGGUCAGCAGUCCUAGUUCUGCAACCAGCAACCACCCCCUUAAAUUAAGGUAUGACAAACCUGUGGAAAGGGCAGUAAGUGCAGUUUGGGCACGUUCUUGGCAACUUCCUCUUUCUCUCGUAUAAUUCCAAUCUUUUUGCCUUAUUCCAACAAAACAUGAUUCUACCUAUAACAGCAUCACCCCGCCUACAUAACUACAAAACUAUUGCCUCAUUUUAACAUGGACUACAAUGUGCUGGUGUUAACUCAAUGUGCUGGUCCAAGUAACGCUAAGUUUUUCGUUUUCUUAGAUGAAAGUUUACCUCAUUUCGAUUUCGGACGACAUCGUUUUAUCGAGCUAGCACUUAACUGGUUGGGGAUGGUAUACCAUGGGAGGUAAAAUUUCCCCGUUUUAGCUACAGCAACAACCUUGUAACGAAGCAACUAAACAAGGUUGCGUUUAGAGAAAAAAGAAAGACGAGGAGAGCAAUCCAAAACAGUAACCACCCGACAUAUCCUAAUCCAAAAUUUACAUAUUGUAAAUAAUCUCCAUUCUCCUAAUUGACUAUUUUUUUUUUCUUCCUUCCUCCGCUUUUUGGAUGAUGUAAUGGAACAACACGCAAGCUGGGACGUUCGGAGAUUUGACUAAACACCCACUAAUCCUUCCUACCCUGUGUCCAGGGAAAUAGGAAUGUCCCUAACAAUUUUAAAAAAAUUAUUAUUAAAAUACUUUCGGAAAAUUCCACCUGUAAUAGAAAAUGAUUCGAAUUCAACGAUGAAAUGAAUAAACUUUUGUAAGAACUUUAAAGUUAAAUGUACUAUAACAGGAGCAUAGUAGAAAAAUGUGCGAGAAAAAACAAAAUUGGACCCAAAAAAAGAACAAUAUAUGGAUCGCAAUCUUUUUUAAUGCUUGUAUAUGCUAAUAUUACACACAUGCGCUGAAAUAUGCUCACAUUGUUUUUUCUUUCUUUCUUUCCGUUUCCUAGUGGUCGGUAUUUUCCUGGCUAUAGCUUUUGAAGUUGGAAAACCGACUUUUCCCCCCAAUUUGUACGUUGUAGGCAAUUGAGGUUUUUCCAUUUGCCCAGUUUCCUCGACGACGUCUUCGUACUCUGCCGUUUAGUGCCCUAUAAAUAACCCUACACCUCUCAUCAUGCACUCUUCCUUCCAUUCACAAAUCACAUAUCUCAUUCAGCAUUUUCCCUUCAGUUUUUUUCUCAACUACUUCAAAUUAACGUCCCAAGGUUAUUAGAUCCACAGCAGCACAAAAUAUACGUACACAGCAAAGCAGUUAUCAUUCAUUGUUCAUACAGUUAGUUGAAAGUACGUAAGAUUAAUAACUAGCUAGAAUGGAAAGCGUAAAGGGGAGCUGCGUACUGUCGAAGAUGGCGACGAACGAGAGGCACGGCGAGAACUCGCCCUACUUCGACGGCUGGAAGGCCUACGACGCCUACCCGUUCCACCCGACCGACCGCCCCGACGGCGUCAUUCAAAUGGGUUUAGCCGAGAAUCAGCUUUGCCUUGAUAUGAUUCGAGAUUGGAUCGAGAAGAACCCACAGGCUUCCAUUUGUACCCCGGAGGGGCUUCACAUGUUCAAGGAUGUGGCCCUCUUUCAGGAUUAUCACGGCCUCCCGCGCUUCAGACAGGCGGUUGCCAAGUUCAUGGAGCGAGGGAGGGGGAAUAAGGUGAGGUUCGAUCCGGAGAGGAUCGUGAUGGGCGGCGGCGCGACGGGAGCCAACGAGCUCAUCACCUUCUGCCUCGCUGACGACGGCGACGCUUUUCUCGUUCCCUCCCCAUAUUACCCAGCGUUCGACCGGGACUUGGGGUGGCGAACCAAGGUCCAGAUAAUCCCGGUCCACUGCAACAGCUCCAACAACUUCCAAAUCACAAGACCCGCCCUCGAAACCGCCUACGACCAGGCCACCCGAACCGGCUCGACCGUCAAGGGCCUGGUCAUCGCCAACCCAUCCAACCCGCUCGGCACGUGCCUCGACCGCACCACCCUCGAGUCCCUCGUCGCCUUCGCCACCGAGAAGCGCAUCCACCUCGUCGCCGACGAGAUCUACGCCGCCACCGUCUUCCACAACCCCACCACCCAAUUCGUCAGCGUGGCCGAGGUUAUCCGCGACAACGCCGCCGACCCGGCCCGCUGCGACCCGGACCUGAUCCACAUCGUCUACAGCCUGUCCAAGGACAUGGGCCUCCCCGGGCUGCGCGUCGGCGUCGUCUACUCCUACAACGACGCCGUAGUGAGGUGCGGGCGCAGGAUGUCGAGCUUCGGGCUGGUGUCGUCACAGACGCAGCACCUCCUGGCCGCCAUGCUGUCGGACGAGGAUUUCGUGGGGCGGCUCCUUCUGGAAAGUUCCAGAAGGUUGGGCGAGAGGCACGGAAGGUUCUCGAAGGGUUUGGAGCGGGUCGGGAUCCGGUGCCUCGAGAGCAGCUGUGCGGGUCUUUUCGUGUGGAUGGAUCUGAGGCAUCUGCUGAAGGAGGCGAGUUACGAGGGCGAGUUGGCGCUGUGGCGCGUGAUCGUGAACGAGGUGAAGCUGAACGUCUCGCCCGGGGUUUCGUUCCACUGCGUCGAACCGGGUUGGUUUCGGGUCUGUUUCGCGAAUAUGGACGAGGGGACCAUGGAGGUCGCGCUGCAGAGGAUCCGCGCCUUUAUUCAAGGGAAGGAGGCGGGUGAUGGACGUGAGAAUAAUGAUGUUGGUGUUGUGAAGCCGCCGGCCGGGAAGAAGCGGUGGCAGAAGGAUCUGAGGUUGAGCUUCAAGACGGUGCGGAGGUCGGAGGAGGGACACGUGUCGUCGUCUCCUUUGAGGAUGUCGCCGCAUUCUCCCAUCCCUCGUUCGCCGUUGCUGUGGGCGAGGAAUUAGAAGCUGGGAAGUGAAGAUUAAGAUCGAUGCAUUAUUAUAGGAGAAGCAUAAGGGUAAGAUCGAAGAUUAAUUAAGGAGACAGAUUAGACUAAUCAGUGACUGAUCACGUGUUUCUUUUUUUUUUUCCUUCCCAUUUGAUUGGAAGAUGAGAUGCUUUGUGUGGGAUUAGUGUUAUUUGUCGUAAUGGUUUUUGGAGCUCUGGAUUCAGAAGGCACUAUUUCUUUGUGUCUUGUAUGGUCAUGGGGCAAGUUUGUAAUUUCAGGGGGGGUUUGGUAGAGUGAGUCAACGUAUGGAAAUUAUUGCUAAUGUGAAUAGCAAUGAAGUGAAUAAAAAUUAUUUUGUAUUAUUGCUGCUUAAAUGUGUAGUGCUUUAAUAUAAUCUUUUAUCAAUUGUUUAGCACUUGUCGUUCAUAUUCAAACCUUGUUUUAAUAUGAUCUUUAAUCAAUUGUUUAGCAUGCAUAGUACCGCCGAACAUAAGAUAAACCCGAAACGACACAAUAUGUAGCAUAGCACAUACAUCACAAGUCAGAGUUGCAAAUUCGUCAGCAAGAGAGAAAUGACUAGCAAAGCCAUAAAUCCUAAAAUCUUAUUGAUGAAAACUUUAGUUGGCUCAGAAUAUGAACUUGCUUAAGGUUUAGUGUGAUAUGAGUUACCGAGAUUUACUUUUCUCGUGAGCAAAUCUUCUGGAUAGGUUUUCCAUGGGCCAAAGAUGUCAAACCCAUGAAGAAAAGGAGCAUCGGCUGCUGCUAAAGGCCUAAGCCCAAAUAGAAGAUUUUUAGGCCAUGCUUUGACUCCAAGUUAAGAAACCUCUUCUUAGUUGGUUUAGGAGAGUUUUGGCCGAUUUAUACCCCUACAAAUAGAGGGAUAGACUCAUUAAUUCAGUAGGCUGCAAAAAUUCACUGAACUUUUGUAAACACUAUGUUUGAGGGAGAGCUUAGAAUUUGUAGGAAAGGGUAUAGGUAGGGAGAUGCUUUCAUCAUUGAUUGUGGUACCCUCAUUUGCUCUAUGUUUAGGUAGUUUAAAAUUGAUUGUAUGAUAAUGUGAACUCAAUUAUCUUUUUACGUAUUGAUGCUAUGAUUUCAUAUCAAGCUUGUGUUGAUGCUUGGGAUUUUCGAUGCCUUAUAUAUAAUGUAUGGAUGCUUUAUGUUUUGAUACCUAUGUGUAUGAUAUCAGUACUCAUUUACUUCAAUACUUAUAAUCAAUGAUGCUUAUGACUCUAUAGUGUGCUACUAUAUGCAUUGUACUAAGUAUUAUCUAGGUUGUUAAGAAAUUACCCUCUAGUGAUACCCAUUGAUGCUACACGAUUAUAGAAGGAAUGAUCAGUCAUCUAUACCUCGAGUAGUAUCAAUGCUUGAUUGUUAGAUCAUUGAUGAUAUAGAACAUCAAUUACGAAUCAAGAGGACCGCACUUAAUCAUAUCCUAUCCUAACUUCCUUGUUCUUCAUUUAUCAGGUAAUGACAUGAAGCGAAAGCACACAUUAGCAAGUUAAAUCUUUAUCACACAGGCAAAUGCACGGGUAGAUAAUGGCCUUAUUGGAAGGGAUAGAGUGAUGUUAAAGAUAAUUUAUUGAUGCAUGAUAUGAUUGAGCUUUAGUAUGCAUGAUAAAACUCGAGAUUUAUCUUCGUAUUCAAUAACGUAGUUUUACUUUU